AUGGGACAAGAUUACAGCUACAAUCAGUCCUUUUCAUCAUCAGAGUCUGUAGACAUAACCUCCCUUCUUGAAGCCGAAUGUCAGAUUUACGGGGAUGAAGCUGACAGUAGCUACUGCAAUUCAUUGCCGGUUCAGUACCCACGUCAACCAGAGGCUGAUGAUGGAAUCCCCACGACAUGUUACUGUGGAGCUCAGCCUGUUCUCGGAUGCUCUUACACUUCUAAAAAUCCAUACAGAAGGUACUUUACGUGCGACAAUGCUGAUGAUGGAGACUGCCACGUUUGGAAAUGGUGGGAAGUGGCAGUAAUGGAGGAGAUGAUGGAGUUUCAGAGACAACUUAGGGAUCUUAAGGUCCAAGGUUAUGAGAGUGAGCAGAAGGUCCUUCACCUUGAGAAGACGGUACAUGAGCUUUCCAAGAACAAAUCAGGAGUUAAGCUAACGGUCUGUCUGUUAGUUUUAAUAGGUUUGGUGUUAUUGAUUGUGCGAGGAAUCAUUGGAAAGGUUUCAAAGGAGAGUGGCGGUCCUCGGGAUUUUCUGUAAUAAGGUAUGAUAUUUUUAAAAAAGUUAGUAUUGAUGUUGUGUUUGAAAUGAACUUAGUUUGCUUGUAACUUGCUAUCUGCUCUGAUUUGAGUUGCUUUAAUUACUUACUUAGGAAUUAAUUCGGCCUAGCUUUGGUGUUAAAUGAUAGUUAUUUGCUUUCUAUCUACCCAACUGCUCUGAUUUGAUAGGCUUUAAUUAGUAGGAAGUUAGCUUACUUAAGGGUCUUUGUCGGUAGAAUAAUGUCACACACCAACUUGUAAACAUGGCUAACAC